CCGCGGGUGGAGUUACCUAUCCUGAGCGGGAGUUGUGGAGUCGGCGCGGUAGUAACGCGCGCUCUCUUUUUAUAUAUAUAAAUAAACUGGUUCUUUCUUUCGGCUCUGACGGGCGGAUCGCGGCCAUGAGUCUGUGGGUGGAUAAAUACCGGCCGAGCUCGCUCAGCAAAGUGGAUUAUCACCGCGAUCAGGCGGCGCAGUUGCGUAACUUGGUUCAGUGCGGUGAUUUUCCUCAUCUGUUAGUGUAUGGACCAUCAGGAGCUGGAAAAAAGACCAGAAUAAUGUGCCUGCUGAGAGAAUUGUAUGGUUCUGGAGUAGAGAAGCUGAGGAUUGAACAUCAGAGCAUAACAGCACCUUCUAAAAAGAAAAUUGAAAUUAGCACUAUUGCAAGCAACUAUCAUCUUGAAGUUAACCCAAGUGAUGCUGGAAACAGUGACCGGGUGGUAAUUCAGGAAUUAUUGAAGACAGUUGCACAGUCACAGCAACUUGAGACAAGCACUCAGCGAGAUUUUAAAGUGGUGCUGUUGACAGAGGUGGACAAACUUACAAAAGAUGCCCAGCAUGCAUUGCGGCGAACCAUGGAGAAGUAUAUGGCCACCUGCAGAUUAAUUCUUUGUUGCAACUCUACUUCGAAAGUCAUUGCACCUAUCAGAAGUAGGUGCCUCGCAGUGCGAGUGCCUGCCCCCAGCAUUGGCGAUAUCUGCAACGUAUUGUCCAGUGUUUGCAAGAAGGAGGGCCUGUCCCUUCCUCAAGAACUGGCUCGGAGGAUUGCAGAAAAGUCUGGCAGGAAUCUCCGAAAGGCACUUCUGAUGUGUGAGGCAUGCAGAGUGCAACAGCUUCCUUUCACCCCUGAUCAAGACAUUUCUGAGACUGACUGGGAGGUCUAUGUGAGAGAGACAGCGAAUGCCAUCGUUAGUGAGCAGACCCCCCAGAGACUUCUUGAAGUGCGUGGGCGACUUUAUGAACUCUUAACCCAUUGCAUUCCUCCAGAGAUUAUAAUAAAGGGCCUUCUGUCUGAACUUCUGAACAACUGUGAUGGGCAGCUGAAAGGAGAGGUUGUGCAGAUGGCAGCUUUCUAUGAGCAUCGACUACAGCUGGGCAGCAAGGCCAUUUAUCACCUGGAAGCAUUUGUGGCUAAGUUCAUGGCCCUCUAUAAGAAGUUUAUGGAAGACGGACUGGAAGCGAUGGAGUUCUGAUGUGUAGCUUUGAGAAUUCAAAUGGUUUGUGAUGCUGUACAAAAGGCAGCCCACCAGUGUAUUGUUUUAUUUGACAAUAAAAGAGUAAGUGUUGAAUUUCA